AUUGUUUCAGGAAAAGUCGUCGUUAUCUAUCAAUUUGCGAACUCUUCUCAUGCGUCGUUAUUCGGAAAAAUUAAUCAUUUGGAAGCAGAGAAAAGGCUGAAGAUGCAGCGCUUGGGCACCUAUCAGCUUGUUCUGCUGUUACUUUUUUGUGGUGUGUACCUUGGAACGGCCAAACCGAAAAACCCUAGAACUAAAAGACCACCUAAAGCAACAGGCAUGGAUAUCAAUAACUGCACUAAUGCAUACAUUGAAGUCGAGAGAAAAAUUAAUAUGAUGAAGACAAAUAUAGAUAGGAAUAGUGAAGAUGAGUUAAAGACCACGUUGGAUGAUUUAGUAAAUCUUUUAAAGAAAUGUACGAAAUUUGACAAAAAAAUAGUCGGAAAUAUUCCUCGAACAACAAAAAAGAAUGCCCUGAAAACCUUAAAAGCAAUAACACUUACACAAAAGACGAUGCAGACAUUUAUUAAAUACAUGAACAAGGCAAAAAGUACUGCAAGCAAAGUGAACAAUGGGGUUGAACGGGAUAUAACCAAAUGUAUAACCGAUUUGACGUUCAGUUAUACAUAUUAUGGAUUUACGGAGCAAGGGACAUUACUAAGCAAAAUAACAAGGGGGUGCGUGUACCUCGUACAAUCAACAUCGGGUCUAGAUGAGCAAGUAAAAAAGGAGCUAGAUGAUGCAUUGGACCAAAUCAAGAAAUGGGUAAAGCAACGUAAAGCCGUCGAAAUACUUCUGAAGAAAGUCAAAGUUCCAAAAGCGAAUUACACUCCUGAUUCUCCUCCGAUGGGGCGGAUUGCAGCAGGAGGGCGAUCAGGCCAAGGUGCUCCUUGUUCUGCAAACCUAACCGUGAAUGGCACUUAUACCUGUGAAUGUGAUGAUACAGUUGGCUUUAAACUUGUCGGAGAUGCAUGGGAAAGAGAAUGCCAACCAACACCGGUUGGAUUCUGGCCAUUGAACAAGCUUCAAGAAGGUUCAAACUUUGCAGAGAAUAAGAUAUUUGGAAGCGCGGAGAUUCAAAAUGUAAACUUUGUCGAAGGAGUCUCAGGAAAUGCAUCAGAUGCCAUAAAACUAUUUAAUGCAUCAUCUUCAUUAAGAAUAGAAUCAAUUUUUGGUGGAAUAACAUUACGGAGCUUUACCUGGAUGAUAUACGUCAAACCAUUGGCAAGAAACGGUGGCGUUUCUAUUUUAAAACACAGGAUUGGAAACACGGAAAUUACGAUUUCUCUUGUGAACAACAAAAUAGUAGCGAGUAUCCAAGUGAAGGGAGCAAAAUAUGAAGUUAAAAGUGAAGAGGUCCCUGAAGAAGAAUGGGCGUUUGUAGUACUUUCAUUAAGCAAAACAAAAAGAAUCCGCCUUCUUGUUUUCAAAGAAGACGAUGAAGAAGAGAGCAUACUUCGUGAAAAAGAUAUCAAUGAUCCAAUGGAUGAUGAACAGAACCAAACUAUUGUUAUCGGGGGUAAACUAAAUGAUCCUCCUUUCAUUGGCCUUUGUGUCGCCUGUCUCAAGUUCUAUAUAGUUGACCUUACGAUCGAUGAAGUCAAAGGUGCAAGACAAGCCUGUAGAAAAGAUAUACUGUUGGCUUCAUGGCCUCUUAAUAAGAAAUACGAUAUCAAAGACAUAAGUGGUAAUGACAAACAGCUUCUCUUUACUCCGAGACUCAAACCUUUCCUCCCGGGACCCCAAGACCAAAGCAAAGGUUCAAUCACAUUAGGAAGAGAAGAGAAUUUACGCCAUAGAGACGGGCUUAAAACCUCCAGUAAGGUUGAAGUUGCAGAUAAGAUUACAUGGCUAGGGUCCUUCUACAUUGAUCAAAGGGACGUUAGCGACACGUCAUUUAAAUAUGCAAUCAUCGAUUUCUCCACUGAGAACGAGUGGGGGUUUCGUGUAUGGGUAGACUUUGAUUCAAAUGGAGGCAAUGUAGGGAAUCUUGUAGCGUCUGUUGCUGAACCAUUGCCAGAUAAUACAAUCAAGGUGCUGGCUGUUAUUUUGAUGAGGGUUUGGUACCACUGUGCCUUUAGCUAUGACGGUAAAACUGGAUUUUCUGCGUUGUACUUAAAUGGUGCAAGGAUCGAAUAUCAAACCUUCGAAAUGAAAUGGAAUGGGAUAAACGCGUUUGCUCAUAUAGGAAAAAGUAAACGUAGAGGUCUCGAUAUCAUGAGAGGACGUGUGACUUGUUUCGAACUAUAUGAGGCGGUUUUAAACAAUGCAGAGGUCAAUCAAAUUUACAAUCAAUGUCAUGAAGGUUCUUCUACAACAAUCGACAAUGCAACGUGUAGCAUCCAAACUGUUCAACCAGUAUUUUUACGAAACGUUGGUGGGAUAGAAGGUAACAAAGCAAAACCGCAUAGUUGGCCAUGGAUGGUUCAGAUACGUCAUCGUGAUCGUGGCGAUUUUUUGUGCGGCGGAUCUCUCUAUAAGCCUGAUAUUGUUAUCACGGCAGCACAUUGUUUUGAUGAAAGAGAUACAUCUCCCGGACAAUUCAUUGUAGUCAUCGGAUCGCAUUACCGUGCGAAUCUUUCGAAUGCAAUCAAUGUAACGCUUGUGGCAAACCAUCCUGACUAUGCGAGAGUUGGUACAGUUCCUUUGCAUCAUGAUAUUGCCAUUAUCAAACUGGCGAAAUGUGUUGAAUACAGUUCUAAAAUACAACCAAUAUGCCUUACAAAAUAUAAAGUCUUUGCAAAUGAGGACGAACGGUUUGAAUGUGUUGCACUGGGAUGGGGUCAUACCGGAAAGGGUGAACUUUCUGAGGAACUGAAACAACUGCGACUACCAACAAUACCAUACGAUGAAUGUACGAAGAUGUUAACUGAUGUAGAUGGCGCCAGUAGUUUCUGUGCUGGACACCUCGGGGCUAAAAAACCAGAUACAUGUGGUGGUGACUCUGGGGGCCCUUUGAUGUGCCAGUUUGGAACUGAUCUUAGGCAUAUGCUGACAGGAGUCACAAGUUGGGGCAAGAAUGCAUGUGGGAGCAAAAACUCAGCUGGUGUCUACACAAGUAUUUUCAAGCAUAAACAAUGGAUUACAGAUGUGUCGAACGCUUUGUCUGACUGUGGCCCUUCAGAUGAUUAUUGUAAACAAGACGACUUCAAUAACCAGACUGAUGGAGUCCUAAGAAGGUUUGAAGUUCUCUCCGAGACUAUUCGUGGUAUAACUACAAACAUCGCCACCCUUUCUGAAAGCAAUGCUGAAAUGGGGAGAAGCAUCGGACAAAUGUCAUACACAGUAACAGGAAAUGAUCUUGGUAAUGGAUGUAGCACAGGUGAAUGUUGCGCAGAUAAUUCGAUGUGUUCAGGGAACGUGUGUGUCUGUAUGACAGGGUUUUACAACGUUGAUUCGGUGUGCAGAUCCGUAAAUGGGUAGAGUUAUGGCAUUGGAAAGAUACAUCUGUAUGGUAAUUAAGGAUACCAACAAAUGCCAACUCAUCAAAACGUAGCUAGAUGUGCCUGUUUCAACAGCAAAUUGAAAUUGAAUCUUGUCAAGAAGUUAAUGCAAUAAAUACUUUUGUGGUAACC